AGCACUUUACAUUGCACAGAGGGAGGCGACCAUUCCCUAAUUUUCCCAUCCAGCCAGUAGCCGCAGAAACACCCAGAGGGGAAUAUUUCAAAGCUUUGUUCAGAGGUGGAAUCAGUUUUCGACCAGUCGCAAUUAUGUCUGGGCAUUCUUAUCAAGGCAAAAAGAAUAUUCCAAAGAUCACAAGCGACAGGCUUCUGGUCAAAGGCGGGAGGAUCGUUAAUGAUGACCAGUCCUUUUAUGCCGACAUUUACAUGGAGGAUGGCGUCAUUAAGCAGAUUGGAGACAACCUGAUCGUCCCAGGUGGGAUCAAGACCAUCGAGGCCAACGGCAAGAUGGUGAUCCCUGGUGGCAUUGACAACCACACCCACUUCCAGAUGCCCUACCGGGGGACCACCACCGUGGACGACUUCUCCCAGGGCACCAAGGCUGCCCUGGCUGGGGGAACCACCAUGAUCGUGGAUCAUGUGAUCCCGGAGCCAGGCAGCAGUCUGAUCGAGGCCUUUGAGCAAUGGAGGAGCUGGGCCGAUGAGAAGAGCUGCUGUGACUACUCCCUCCAUGUGGACAUCACCCACUGGAGCGACAGUGUCAAGCAGGAGGUGGACACACUGCUCAAGGAAAAAGGUGUGAACUCCUUCCAGGUCUACAUGGCCUAUAAGGACUCUCUACCAGUGAGCACAGUGAGCGUAACAGUUGUGAACAUGGUCCCUCUGUUUGUCUGUCACAGAGCAGGCACGCAUGCUGGAGAUGGCAUCACUGGACCAGAGGGACACGUGCUGAGCAGGCCAGAGGAGCUGGAGGCAGAGGCUGUGUUCCGCGCCAUCACCAUUGCCAGCCAGACCAACUGUCCCCUGUAUGUGACCAGGGUCAUGAGCAAGAGUGCUGCCGACAUCAUCUCACAGGCCAGGAAAAAAGGUAACGUUGUGUUCGGCGAGCCAAUCACGGCCAGCCUUGGGACUGACGGGACACACUAUUGGAGCAAGAACUGGGCCAAGGCUGCCUCCUUUGUGACAUCACCCCCCCUCAGCCCGGACCCCACCACCCCAGACUACCUGAACACAUUACUGGCCAGUGGUGACCUGAAUGUGACUGGUAGUGCCCACUGCACCUUCAGCGUGGCCCAGAAGGCCAUAGGGAAGGAUGACUUCACUCAGAUCCCUGAGGGUGUGAACGGAGUGGAGGAGAGGAUGUCCCUCAUCUGGGAGAAGGCUGUGACCACUGGCAAGAUGGACGAGAACAUGUUUGUUGCCGUGACGAGCACCAACGCCGCCAAGAUCCUAAACCUGUACCCCCGUAAGGGACGGAUAGCUGUGGGCUCCGAUGCUGACCUGGUCAUUUGGGACUCAGAUGCUGUCCGCACCAUCACCGCCAAGACGCACAAUUCGGCUGCUGAGUACAAUGUGUUUGAGGGCAUGGAGCUSCGUGGUGCCCCCUCGGUGGUGAUCUGCCAGGGGAAGCUGGUGCUGGAGGAUGGGAACCUGCACGCCACCUCCGGGGUCGGCCGCUUCAUCCCCUGCACCCCCUUCCCGGACUUUGCUUACAAGCGCAUCAAGGCCAGGAAGCAGUUGGCAGUCCUGCGGGCAGUGCCCAGGGGCAUGUAUGACGGUCCUGUGUCUGACUUCUCGCCCAUGUCUCGUGGUGGUACCCCCUCAGCGUCUGCCCGUACCUCCCCCACCAAGCAGCCUGUGAGGAACCUGCACCACUCCGGCUUUAGCUUAGCAGGUCCCCCCACCACAGAGGAUGUCCCCAUCCGGCCAGCGGGACGCCGCAUUGUAAUUCCCCCUGGUGGUCGCUCCAACAUCACAUCCCUCAGCUAAGAGGUUUAACCAGGAGAGACACCAGUCAGAAGAUGACAACAGCCAUUGGGAGACGACGGAGACAUGAUUAGUUAAAACAAGUUAAGUUGAGUAAAACACUGAAUCCUCAUGCCUUACCAGCCACAAUGCUACCUGCUUAAGCUUCUAAAAGCUCAGUACUACUCCUCCUAGGGAAUUGCAGGUCAGUCACUAAAACAAAAUAUUCAUUUAAAGUACAUUUGUUUACAAAAAGAUUGGGUUUGUAUGGUCUGGAAUAACAGGAGCAUGUUCAUAACCAGAGUAUAGGGGAUCAAUUUCUAUUACUGUCCCUCAUCGUCUACGUUAGUCAUUGUGUCAACUGUGUAUUGACAUUUUAGGCAAUACUCUGAAUUUAUAAUAUAGUUAAAUAAACCUCAUGAUACCAAUUUCCACAGUGUUCUGAUGCUUGUUACCUAGGAAAAGUAAUACGGCCUUUUACUUCCAUCAUGUUUGGCUUUCACCCUUUUUCAGUGCUAGUCUGCUGAUUUAGUUCCCUAGCAAUGUAAUGAUAACAUGCAGUAACGUCCAUAACUGAUAGGUGGCAUUGUGAGUACGUAUGAUUGAUGUAACGUAGCUUUGUGAAUGAUGUUGUUCGUUGCCUCCCUGGGUUGUUGAACCAGGAGUGAUAGUCAUUAGAGAUGGUCUUGUUUCUUAUUUUUCUUGAAGAUAAAAACUUAUCUGGUAUUACAAUAUUAUUUUGCAAACAUGCAAUAGCAUAUUAUAGUAGAAAUGGUUGUCAUGUUUAAUUUUCCCCCUGCGCUCCGCUCCACUCCAUCCUGGCUGUAGAUGACAUUGUGAGAAACCGUCCUUUGCAUUUGCUUCAAGCUUAAUGCCUGUUCCUAUUCAUACCUUUUAGCAAGUCAUCUGGGUGGUUAAGAAAACAUGUAACCCUUGCACAAGAAGUAAAACCAAGCUUAACUUCCAUGGCCUGGGUCGUGAAAUUGUAAUUAUGAGCUUUGUGAACAAUAAUACAUACAAAAAAAUGUUUAUGAUAAAAGUAACAAACCUUUGAAAUCACAGUAAUUUACCUCUGGCUUUAUUUCUAUUUUCCUGACAAUGUGGGCUCUCGUUUUGAAGCAACAGACCAUCAUGCCCUGCAUUCAACAACAUAACAUUGAAAGAUAAUGUUGUGCUGGUUUAAAUGGCAACACUCCGAGAGAGUCCCCACAAUGCUGUACACUUCAGCUGACUGACAGCCCUUGGUUUGGUAUCUAACUAACACCAAGGAGAGGACAGACCGGCGUAGCCCUGGGUCACUCUCUUUCAGAGUCCUUUUCUAUGCUUCUGGUCUGUUUACCUGUCCCAGACAAGGGAGGGGAUUGUAGUAUGUUUUUAGAAUGAGGCUAGGAGGAGGAGGAGGAGGAUGAGGAGAGCUUUAUUUUUGCUCUCCCAAUCAGCUGAGGAAGAGGUCGUGAGGUCAUUGUUUUUUAUUGAGUGAUGAUGUGGAAUUCGAAGCAAUCCAAGUGGUGAUUAUAUUUAUGUUAGUUUGACUUGAUCUUUUUUAUAGUUUUUAUGUCUUUUUUUACUGUUGUAUCAAAACCCAGAGAAGGCAGGUCAAAACAACAUUGAGGUGUGAUGUGGUGGUAUGAACUGUUCCUGAAUAAACAUGAGUUGCAACUGA